AUGAAGUCCACACGAGUUCUGCUGACUUUCCAAUUGCUGGCUUCUUUGAUGGCCGCAAUUUUGGGCUGUCAGACCUGUCAACAGUCCUCUCAGAAGGCCUGUCAGCCCUUUGUAGGCCUAAACAAGUGCUUCGAUUGUGGCUGCAAAGAGCCCAAACUGCCGCCCCGGGAUAACACCUGUUGUGGUCCCCACUGCGUCUACACGGGUCCAAGUUCUGCUCCAGUUGGUCGUUGCAAUUGCACCGCCCAAAGUCGAUGCCUCCUGGACACACAUUGUGGCGCCGGAAUGCCCUUCACCUUUGUCUGUCUAUCCGGUUGCGAUCUGAACAAGCUAAAUGCCGACAGGCAAAAAACCGGCCAUGCUCGUCUUCUUUCCUUCCCGUGGGACAAGAAAAAGUGCCUGGGCAUGAACACCAUGUGCGGCAUCAAUUGCUGCUGCCGAGAGAAUUGUCCUAGACGGUUUUGUAAAUUUUAA